AUGGAGAAAGAGCUUUCAGUAAAAUGGGAGGAAUCUAAGAGCUGUGCAAAAACAGUUCCGAGGAAAAUAGAAAGGCCAAAUAUCUCAACGCUGGAUUUUUGGAAUGAGGAUGCAGGAAAUCCUCUUCAUUCCGACAAGGAUCACGACGAUUCAACAGAUAUGGAUGCAUUCUUCACUUCCACAGACCAUGCAAUAAGUACGAAAGAAAAGGAGAUUUCUGUGUAUUCGAAGUUUACAAUAAGGGAUAUCAGGAAAAUCAAGGAUUUCACGGUGUUAAUAGGAGAUGACAUUGAAUGCCACUUAUCCGGGGAGUGGCGCGAUAUUGAAUAUAAGGUAAACAGCCGUGUCACUGUUCUUCGCUGCAUUUGCUGCUCGGAGAAGGAUGAAGCCUCUGAUGUUGAUUGUCUGGAUGAAGUCUUUGAAUCUGAAUGUGAGGAAUGUUCCUCUGAAUGUGGGAAAGAAAACACAGAGCAGAGCACCCAAAGGAGCAAGAUUUUUGUCACAGAUACGAGAAACUAUCUCGUGGUGGAGGACAAUCCUGUUGCCAUUACCACACUGUCUGAAUCUUUAGUUUGCAGAAACAGGCGCUAUGUAAACGCGAAGAUCGCUUCAAUAAGGCUUUCUCACACAGACGCAAGAGUUUUUAUUGGAGUCAUAGUUCAUUUUAUCAUGGAAAGGGCCUUGAUGCAUAAAAACUUCGCUCAUGACUUCUUGAUAAGCCAGGCAAAGAAAGGGAUUUCUGAGAAUGUCAUGCUAAUGUAUAAAUGUGGAAUCGAUGAGAAGACGGCCCUCAACGAAACAUUGAAGCUUAUAAGGAACAUACACAUGUUUAAGGACUAUAGAUUUGAGACAGUUGAGACGGAGAAAAGGCUCAUGUCUCUUUUAUUCAAUAUCAAAGGAGAUGCAGAUGCAAUUGGAAUUGAUAAGGUUUUAGAGAUCAAAAGCGCCAAGUCGCAACGGCCAGAGCACCGUGCACAGGUGAUUCUCUAUGCCCUCAUGCUCAAAGAAAAGACGGGAAGCGACUUCUCCCCAUACCUAUAUUACAUUCCUGCUGGCGAGUUGAUUGAGGUCAAGCUAAGGCACCAGGAAAUCAGGAGUCUGCUUAAUCUUAGGAAUAAGAUUGCCGUAUUCAAUGAGUCUUGCGAAUGUCUGUGUGAAGACUACAGCUGCAGUGCCUUGCUGAAAAUAAAAGGACUAGAGAAAACACACUUUCUGAGAAGGCAGCUGGAGGCAAUAGACGAAGAGGAGGAAAGAGCGGUAGAAUCUUUUAUUCCUGCAACUCUCAGAUACCAGAGGAAUACGUUGAUAGGACUGGAUAUUCAGGGCGGGCUUCCCCCGAACAACAUAUAUCUGACCCUCUUCAGCUCUGAUCUUGUAAAGAUUUCAAAAGGAAUUGUCGAGGAGACCAAUGGAAACAAGUUACUAGUAAGGCUAAAUGAAGAAGUUCUUUUCAAAAAAGAGGAAAGGAUGUAUGUGUCUUUUGGGGCCUCUGAUAUAUUCUUUAGGUUCAUGAGGUUCUCGCUUAUCCACAUUGCAUAUCCAAGAUAUUGCACGCCUGAAGUUAUCGGGGGGUUUGUCCUGCCUAUGGAGCAGAAGGGCCUUGGAAUAGAUGAUGAGUCCAAUGAACCAAGCCUGAGUGAUGUGAGCUCCGUGCUGACCGAGGAACUGAAUGAAUGCUUUGAGAGUGAUAAGGAGACUCUAGACAGCGAUAAAGAAGAAAAGCAAAGGAAAAGACUCCGAAUGAAUGAAAAUGCCGAGGACAAGGCCUUUUCGAAUAUACCAGGAUCUUACAAAAGCUAUGCGUUAGACGAAGACAAAAUCUCAAUACCUGAGGUUUUUAGAGAAGAAUUCUUAAGACUCAAUGAUGACCAGCGUUCUGCACUAUUCCUAUCAUUGAAUUGCAAGAACUAUAGAAUUAUACAUGGGAUGCCAGGAACGGGAAAAAGUACUCUUAUAUGUUUGUUGAUAAAAAUCCUUGUCCAUCUCAAGAAAAAGGUUCUUUUGAUAUGCUAUACAAACCUUGCCUUGGCAAAUAUUACAAAGAAACUGAGUGGAAUCAGAAUAUACACUGCUGGGAAGGAGGGAUUCUUCUUCAAAGCCACCACCGAGGCCAAGGUAUUCUUUGAGAACAUAGAGCUCGUUGUAGGAACGUGUUUCUCGUUUUCAGAUCCUAUCUAUGUAAACAGGCAGUUCGAUUUUUGUGUUGUUGAUGAAGGUUCUCAGAUGCAUCUUCUUCUAGCAUUGAUACCGGUAAGCAUUUCUACAAAAUUUGUAAUUGUGGGUGAUCAUCUUCAGCUAAAACCUCUUUCGAGAAGCUCCAAGGAGCUAAGUCUUUCUCUUUUCGAGUAUCUUCUUGGGGAAGACUAUUCUAAGCUCCGAAUUCAAUACAGAAUGGGAAAUGAGAUAAUGAGGCUGUCGAACACGCUGUUCUAUAAUGGUGAGCUCGUUGGCAAGAAAAGGCCGUCCUCUGUUGAGUUUAUUGACACGGACAUUGUAGACUUUAUAUCGCUAGUGCCUUCCUUCGAAAAAUGCACAAUUCUCUGCUACUUUAAUGCGCAAGUAGAUUUAAUAAGGGAGAAAACCAGGUGUGCUGUGGAGACUGUAGACAGGUUUCAGGGUAGUGAGGAUGACAAGGUUGUUGUUGUUUUUGACCCUGUUUCCAAGUGUGAGGUGAUGGAGAGUUCCGAGAGGCUCAAUGUUGCUCUGACCAGGGCUAAGAAGCACCUUGUCCUUGUCGGUAGUAAGUCUAAAAUGUCUGAAAUAGAUAUACUGAAGAAGCUCAUAAGUAUUCUGUAA